AUGAACGUGGAAAUAAUUCGUAAUACUCUAUACCGCUCUUACUUGGAAGACUUUUACAAAUUUUGCAAACGUUUAGGAGGGAAGACAGCAGAAGUUAUGAGCGAAAUUCUUGCGUUUGAAGCGGAUCGGCGUGCUAUUAUAAUAACAAUCAACAGUUUUGACACCGAACUAUCCAAGGAUGAUAGAGCCAAGCUUUAUCCACGAUGCGGGAAACUUUAUCCUGAAGGAUUGGUCGGAUUGUCGAAGGCGGAUGAUUACGACCAAGUUAAGCAAGUCUGUGAAUAUUAUUCAGAUUACCGUGCACUUUUUGAAGGAUCUGGUUUACAGCCGGGAGAAAAGGCGCUUGAAGACAAGUUUUUAGAAUACGAAGUGAAACUGAAUGUUUUAUCAUUCUUGCAUCAGUUCCAUUUCGGUGUAUUCUAUGCAUUCAUCAAACUCAAAGAGCAGGAAAUGAGAAAUAUCAUUUGGAUUGCAGAAUGCAUAUCACAAAGGCAUCGCGCUAAAAUCGACAAUUAUAUUCCGAUUUUGUGA